CGCUGACAAGACACUAGUGGUGUUCCGAUCUCCCUUCAGAAGCACGUCUGCAAGUGUGGACCUGUUGGUGGGUCUUCAACCUUUAUCAUGAGUCCGUAGCAAUUUUUACUUUUUGACACUUCGCUUCUGAGCAUCGCUUAAGAAUUAUUUGAUACUAUGACGACUGAAGAUAAUGGAAACAUCGGCUUAUUGAAACCCACAGUGAGUAGCACGGAGGAUCUGAGCGAGUAUACAGAUGCAGAUGAAAGUAUGUCGGCUCCUACAGAGUUUCUGGCAGAGUUCCUAUCUGCCUUAAUGAUGAAAGAAUACGGGAAUGCACUGAAGUACUGUAAAUUAAUUCUACAGUACGAGCCUAAUAAUGCAACGGCCAAAGAAUUCUACCCCUUGAUCAUAGAGAAGAUCAAACAAACGGAAAACUUGAAAGCGAAUGAGAGCAACGAAACUGAAAGUGAAAGCGAGGCAGAUUCAUCUUCUGAUUCAGAUUCUUCGUCGGGUGAUGACAGCAGCGAUGGUCAAGAGGAUGACGAAGAUGUGGAAGAAGAAGAAGAAGAGGAGGUGGAAGUGAACAUGAACCAGGAUAAGAAUAAGGGUUCUAAAGGUUCUUCGAACGGCGACAACACCACUGGUAGUUAUUCCAGCUUGGAGGACGAUGAGGCUGUUAUUGAUCAGCUGACGGCCCUUACCCAAAAGUACAAGAUUGACAACGUUGACCUCGGAAACGGAAAUAAAAUAUACCAUUCCACCGUGACCGAUCCAACCUUGUCCAAAUACGAUUACACGGAUAACAAACCGAAGAAGGACUUCCUCGCGGUGGAGAACAAGUACAACUUUGCGACCAGCUCUGAUUCAGAGUCGCCGACAGAGCCUGUCACUCAGGAGACCAUAGCCAUGCUUCGGGCUCGCGUUAUACCGAACUAACCGCUCGAAGAUUUAGAGAAAAUAUUGUCGCCCCUCAGACGUUAGAAGUAAACCCCUCGGAAGGAGGACAAGGGGGCGAGGGAGGAUCUAGAUUAGUCCAAAGAUGGUUAAAAUAAUCAUAUCUGUGUAAAUGUCACCCAAGGGAAUAUUUUCUUGUUGUUAUGUGGAAGGAUGAAGGUUGAACCCGUUGGUAUUUGUUCUAUUUUCACGACACAACAAUGAAUAAUUGAAAUAUUAAAUCUUUCUCUGAAGAUACGGUCCAUUCGAUAUAAAGUGAUCUCUGGAAAUCAGUAUCUUUCGCUCUUCCAUUUUAUAAGGUGGAUAUUUUGGUUUUCCAAGCGUAGAAAGCAAUACUGAAGAUGAAUCUGAAAAUGGCAGAGUUGUUAAAUACACGAUGUUGAACAAAGGGUACAUGAGGCUGGUUAUUGUAAGCCAUUAUACGAAGUGGGCCGUUGAGAACUCAACAGCGGGUGUUAGGGGGCCGACAGAACCGAAUUAUUUGAAAACGCUCCUAUAGGUCGAUUUUUAACUCCGAAGGGACAACUUUUAGGAUCAAACUCGAAACUGUAUCGAUUCAACCCUUAGUGUUCCAAUACCAACCCCCUUUUCCCCAUUUAAAAUAAUGUGGUUAGGGUUGUAACGAUACUGUUUUGAAUCUGAUCUUAUAUGAAGUUUUUCAAUCUUGAUUCGGUUCUGUGGACCUCCCGGAAGAGUACUAAUAACCCUUUGGUUCCUAAUUAGUCUAAAUUGGGUGACUUUAGAUCGCAUGAAAAUCGAUGUUUUUAAAAAUAUGUGUGCCAAUAUUUUUGUAAUGAUUAACUCUUUCAGAAUAGAUAGAUGAUCUUCGGUAAGUAGUAAAAAUGAAAUAUGUAAAACCUUGGCGAAUACUCGAGAAUUCAAUGACGUCAACUGUGCACCAUCUUACACUUUUUCUCAAUUGUUUAUGUGUGGAAUUCGAUCUGGAAAAGAGGGUAAAAUUUUAUUGUAUUUAAAGUUUAAUACAAUCUGGUGUCCAGAAUAUUGAAAACAUCAUAAUUUUUUCAGCAGAAACACCUUUGUAAUGUAUUUUCAACUAUUCGAGUGCUGAUACAGAUAUGUCAAUGAAUUCUAUACUAGAAAUAGUGAUUUUCUUGAAGACCGAGAGUGUUUACAAUAAUAUAUUUUUGUAAUUUUUUGUAUGUAACCAAUCCGUAGUGUACACUUGUAGUUUUUCUCGAUGCUUUUACAUUCGACCAAAACUUAUUGCUUUUUUCUUUAUGGAUUAUAUUUAUUUUUUUCCAUAAUUAUUGAUAGCUACAGCAUUGAUACGUUCGAGCCGAGCAGAGUCAAAAAUCGAUCGAAAAGUUAUCACCACGGCAGAUUCAGUUGUACAGGGUGUAGAUGAAUGGUUGUGAAAAAAAUUCAGGUUGUGAUUCGUCGUCAAAAAUAGUGUGGGUCUUUCCAGACGGAAAAGUGACACAAUAAUUCUUUAAAUUUUUCGCAGCUAUUUAUUUACACCCUGUAUAGAUAAAAUAUUUUCUUUUUGAAUUUUCUUUACUUUUAUUUGAAAACACUACUGAGAAGAGAUUGUCGACUGAAUGUUCGAAGAAUAACAUAUCUUAUGUGUAUAUUGAAGCUGUUGUUUUAACUAUGUAUUCUAACCUAGUGUUAUCACAGUGUAUAUUUCAUUUACGAAAAAGUUCGUCGCAAGAAGGCUUUGGAGUUUUUGAGGUUGGUGGUCGGUGUCCAGGAUUACUUGACAGUUUUGUCAAAUUCGGAAGGUAACCUUAAAAUAUUACAGUAGAAGCUACGCCUUGCCCUCAAGCAUAGAAUAUCGAUCUUCAAAAUUCCCUAGCCCACUUUGGAUACAAGUUGAAAGAUGAUUUAAAUUCGUCGUUAAAAUGGCAAAUGAAUAAAGAACGAUUAAAAGAACAGGUGCUCAGGAAUAAACUGGUGUCAACGUAGCAAGUUAAACCUGAUUUGUGAAUUUGAAUCCCUGAUAUUUCUACAAAAAAUAUUGAAUUUCUGGAUUUGUCGAUGGCCUUCAAUGCCAACUGAAUAACUUUUGGUGGGAUCGACUAAUUGUUAACUAUUUUUUUCCUUAUUGAAAUGAAUAUAUGAGGUAGAUAGUUUAAAUACUUGUUAAUUUUUCUUUUUCUAUUUUUUGAAGCCAUCUUGAUAAUGUUUUUCAUUAGUCCAGCUUGAUUUCUCGUAUGAUUAUGCGACAAAUUAAACAAUAUUGGCCAACAUACUUAAGCGAAUCGAGAAAUAUAACCAUAAUCCAUAGAAAGUUCCGAUUCAUCUUAAUCGAAACAGUAUUAUAGCAAAUUCUUGAUUUUAUCUCUUCUACACUGUUCUAAAACGUGAGUUACUGAGAGGCCUUCUAAUACUUUAUAUGUGUGACUUAUAAUGUGAAUAGAAAUAAUAAAUAAAGCAUAUCAUUA